AUGGAUGGUCCUAACUAUGGCGCCAACGGCGACGCCGACGAGAACACUCCUCUGGUCAAUGAGAGCACAUCGCGUUUGGGCAACAUGAAGAGCUUGCGCACGCGUGUGGCAUCCUAUAAGGACGACGAUAGAGCCUGGGUCAGCUAUCCCAUGAGCUUCCUUUACACCACCUGGGCCGUCCUUGCCAGCAACUAUGUCAACAUCCUGCUCGUCUUUGUCCCUGUCGGUAUUGCCCUCGGAGCCUUGGGCAUGAACCCUACCGCCGUAUUCGUUGUCAACUUCCUGGCUAUUGUUCCUCUUGCUGCUCUUCUGAGUUUUGCUACCGAAGAGCUCAGUGUGAAGCUAGGCCAGACAAUUGGUGGUCUCAUGAACGCGACUUUCGGAAAUGCUGUCGAAUUGAUCAAAGGCGAAAUUCGCAUUGUUCAGGCCAGUAUGCUCGGCAGUAUCCUCUCCAACAUCCUUCUCGUUCUUGGCUGCUGUUUCCUCUGUGGUGGCUGGAGACACCAGGAGCAGUCUUUCAACUCGACCGUUGCUUCGACCAUGUCCUCCCUUAUGGCUGUCGCUUCUGCCUCCUUGAUCAUCCCUGCCACUCUUUACGCAGCUCUGGCCAAUUCCAAGGAGCGCACCGACGACAACAUCCUCAUUCUCUCCCACGGCACUGCUAUCAUCAUGCUCAUUCUCUACUGUCUCUACCUUUUCUUCCAGCUCAAGACUCACGCCAACUUGUUCGACGAGGAGCAGCAGGAUGGAGAGGAUGACAAGGAACCCGAGGUCCUGAAGCCUGUUCCCGCCGCCAUCGCACUUGUCAUUAUCACAGUUGCUGUCGCAGUCUGUGCCGAGUACCUGGUUGACUCGAUCGAUGCUAUCGUUGAAGAGGCGCACAUUUCGAAGACAUUUAUUGGUCUGAUCCUCCUGCCCAUUGUCGGAAACGCAGCAGAACACGUCACAGCAUGUGUUGUUGCGUACAAGAACAAGAUGGACCUUGCCAUUGGUGUUGCGAUCGGAUCUUCGCUCCAGAUUGCUCUGUUUGUCACUCCUUUCCUUGUCCUCCUCGGAUGGGCCAUGGGACAGCCCAUGACUUUGCACUUCCAGAUGUUCGAGACUGUUGUCUUCUUUGUCAGUGUUCUCGUGGUUAACUACCUGAUUGCCGAUGGAAAGAGCAACUACCUCGAAGGAGCCAUGUGCAUUGGUACAUACAUCAUCAUCGCCCUAGCUAUGUGGGUGUACCCCGACGAUGCCGGCGACCCGAUCUCCAAGCCUAAACUCUUCUAA